UGCAAUUGUUGAAUAAAAAUAAAAAUAAAAAAAUGUCCACAGCAGGAUGCAGCGAGCUGUACUUCCACUGAGUGUAGCUGGUGACCGGUCUAAGAUGGCGGCGCCGCGGCUCGUCCGCGCCAGUAGGCAGAAGCGGUCGAUAGGGCGUCUAUCUAUAUGAUGAUGUCUAUGACAUAAAGGGCCUCCUCUGUCGUGGACUUCACGGAAAGCAAGUUCACAUCAAAUGCUCUAUAUGAACUGCACAAGUUACGGAAAUCGAGUGCACGGUCGAAAUAGUUCAAGAUUCUUGCAACGGAUGUUGACCAAAGUUAUUGUCGUAUAGUCAAUCUUCUCAAGCCUCACUUGAAACUAAAAAAAAACUCAUCAAGAUCUGUAGAUAUCCGGUAAAUGACGGAAACAAGAAAUUAAGAUUUAUGCUGGCAGGACCAAUGUCCAACUUUCUGUUUCCUAAUGAAAAAGGCAGAGGAACAUACAAGAAAAGAAAAAGUUAAAAAGUUCUCCACACACAAGUGAAAAAUUUAAUCAGGCAUAAUGACAGAAGAUUCUUUUGCUGAGAUGGAUUUCUCUGGAGCUUUGCAGAGACUGGGAGAACUUGACCCAAUUGAAGCUGUUGCAAAGGCUAAAGAACAACUUGAAACUCUUGACAAUGUGACCGUAAAUAUUGCGGUUACUGGGGAAACAGGAGCAGGAAAGUCUGCCUUUGUUAAUGCUUUUCGAGGUCUGAAUGAUGAUGAUGAAAAAUCUGCACCAACUGGAAUAACUGAAACAACAAUGGCGGUUACCAUGUACACCCAUCCCACAAAGUCAAAUGUGAGACUAUGGGACCUGCCAGGGAUCGGUAUGCCAAAUCUCAAUGCAAACAAAUACCUCAAAGAUGUCAAAUUUGAGACUUACGAUUUAUUUAUUAUAAUUUCAUCAGUGCGUUUCAAGGAAAAUGAUGUUCUUCUGGCCAAAGAGAUAAAAAAAAAGCAGAAGCAUUUUUAUUUUGUUCGGACCAAGAUUGAUAAUGACAUUCACUCAUCAGCAAAGAACAGAAAUUUCAAUGAGCAGCAGGUGCUUUGCGCAAUUAGAGAGGACUGCCAGAGAAACUUGAAGGACGUUGGAAAUCCCAAGGUGUUUCUGAUAUCCUCUUAUGACUUGGGAAUGUAUGACUUCCAAAACCUGGUAGAUACCUUAGAGUUAGACCUUUCAGAGCAUAAGAGAUUUGCUCUGGUUCAGUCUUUGCCUGUGUGCUCUCUGGCCAUGCUAGAGAAGAAAAAGGAGUCUAUGGAGAAGUUUAUUUGGCUUGCAGCAUUGGCCUCAGGUGUUGCUACCUAUAUCCCAGUCCCUUUUGUGUCAGUGGCUAUUGACAAGGCAGUACUGGUGGCCUUCCUUAUAAGCUGCCAUUACACUUUGGGAUUGAGUGAGAAUUCACUCAUCAAACUGUCAGAGAGAGUAAACAAGCCUGUCUCACAGCUGAAAUCAGCGAUAAAGUCUCCUUUUGCGUUAGCUGUUGCAAGCAAACUGAGUGUUCCAUCUUGUACAUCUAAAGCAAAACCAUUAAAAAGCUUAGAUGAGCUGCUUGACAGUAAACGUCUUGUGGAAGGGCUUCAUGGUGCUGCAGUUGGCUUCACAAGUGCAUACAAAGCUUUAAGCGGAGGUCUAAAUGAAAUGAUAGAUGAUAUGAAAGAAGUUCUCCAUGUGGCAGGUUUGGAUUAAUAAAAGCAAGUUGGUACAGCAAAGAGAUGAUUACCAAAACCAAGAAUUAGCUCAUCAAAACUGAGUUUAUUGUCUGAGUUUAUAUGGCAUAUAUUUGCACAUAUGAGGAAUUUGCAUUGGUGAGACAACAAAUCUACUUAAUGAAGAAAAAUGGUUGGAAAGAGAAAGCUAUAUUAAAUAAUGUCCAGUAGUGUUCUUUAUAUAUCUGUAUAGUGCAUGGUAAAUUAAAUUGAAUAAAUAAUAUAUAGAAUAUUAAAAACAAGAGACUUGGUAAUAUGACAACUUUACUGUCCUCUGGAUAAUUAGCCUUAGUGGUAGUUUGUAUUUUCUGUCUGAUUAUUUUAUUGUACAAUCCUUGGAGUAAUAAUAUCACCGAAUGUUUAAGUUGUUUUAAAAUAAAUACAAUGACUGCAGGCUAAGGGACAGGAUACUACUGUAUAUUCUUUCUAUGUAUUAACAAAUGCAUUUUAAUUUAUGAUAUAAAUGUAUUUAAAUGUUUUUGUUUUAUAAUAUGGUUAAUUAUAUUAAACUUGGUGACUUGGUAAACAUGGGUGUGAGCAUGAGAAACCUUUGUUAGAAAGAAAUAU